UUGCUUCCUGGUGUUGUUCUUUAUUAAGCAUCAUUGGUGUUUGUACAGAGAGGUGUAACCUUGCAGCGGAGUGUUCACCGUGCGGAGAGGGUUGUGCUUACGGUGUUGCGGUCCUCUGCCCCGCCCCGUCCUGUGCAGGAGCGGGCUCGGCCCUCGGCAUCAAUGGCGACGGUCAGGCUGCCGCGUGUCGCCUUCCUCUGUGGCAUCGCCGCCGCCUACCUGUGUGCAUUCACCUCGCUGUACGUGCAGAUCCCAGGACUCUAUGGGAGGGAUGGAGUUCUUCCAGCUCGCAAGAUGCUGAGAUUCACUGGAAAGACGCUGCUGGAUCAACUAAAGGACGCCCCAACAUUGCUAUGGUUGUGUCCUUCGCUCGGGCUGGACACUGAGCAGGGCAUAGAGCUCAUCUGCCUGCUGGGUAUAGUCCUGUCAUUCACCGUGAUAUUGGCAGAACCUCUCCGUGAUAGCUUGGUCUUUGCCUGUCUCUGGUUCCUGUACCUGUCCGUGUAUCAGGUUGGACAAGUUUUCCUGUAUUUCCAAUGGGACAGUUUGCUGCUGGAGACCGGAUUCCUCGCCAUUCUGGUGGCUCCACUAUAUCUGCAGAAAUGGCGGGCUGCCCCUACGCGACAACAUGAUAACAUCACCUUCUGGCUGGUGCGCUGGCUUUUCUUCAGGCUCAUGUUUGCAUCGGGUGUGGUGAAACUGACCAGUCGAUGCCCAACCUGGUGGGGGCUGACGGCUCUAACCUAUCAUUAUGAGACCCAGUGUAUCCCCACUGCUGUUGCCUGGUUUGCACAUCAGCUGCCAUUCUGGUUUCACAAGUUCAGCGUGAUUAUCACUUAUGUGCUGGAGAUGGUGGUCCCUCUGCUCUUCUUUGCUCCGACCCGUCGCCUGAGGCUCUUUGCAUUUUAUGCUCAGGUUCUGCUCCAGGUGUUAAUUAUUAUCACUGGUAACUAUAACUUUUUCAACAUGCUCGCGAUUAUUCUGGGAUUUUCGCUACUAGAUGAUGAACACAUUAACAACUGGUUCGGGGGCAGCAAGACACAAAACCCUGAGAAGCCAGGAUUUUUGCAAAGACUACAAGCUCUCGCUGUUACUCUUGUUGAGCUGGCAGUUUUUGGAGUACUUAUUUAUGGAACUGUUUAUUACUUCGGGCUGAGAGUGGACUGGGAGAAAUGGACAAUUGAAUCAAAAAUAGGCUUUACUUUUCAUGAGUUUGCACAUUGGUUGAAGAUUGUAACUCCAAUAACUAUCUGGAUUGGGGUUAUUUCUCUCAGCUGGGAGAUACUCACAUCACUGGUCAACUCCCUGACGACAAAAGGGUUUAUUGCCAAGCUGUGGGCAACCUCUUCAUGGGUCGUAUUUGCCACUGUUGCUGCGGCUAUGUUUUCUGUUAGUCUGGUACCAUACUCCUAUAUUGACUAUGAGACCAGCACCAGUCUUCCACCCGAGAUUCUGCGCCUGUACAAAGCAGUCGACCGUUACGAGCUGGUCAAUUCUUAUGGUCUGUUCCGGAGGAUGACAGGAGUGGGAGGUCGGCCAGAAGUUGUUGUGGAAGGAAGCUAUGAUGGCCAGCAAUGGAAGGAGAUUGAUUUUAUGUACAAGCCAGGGAAUCUUGGCAUGUCCCCUCCUCUGGUAGCCCCACACCAGCCCCGGCUUGAUUGGCAAAUGUGGUUUGCUGCACUCGGAGACCACCGGCAGAGUCCUUGGUUCACCAGUUUCAUCCAUCGGCUACUCCAGGGAAAGACUGACGUCAUACGCCUUGUGCAAGUUAAUGAGUCAAAAUAUGCCUUCAUCGCCAAACCCCCUACUUAUAUCCGAGCCCAACUCUACAAGUACUGGUAUACCAAGCAAGGUACUCACAGCUCACUCAAUGACUGGUGGACUCGACAACAUGUGGGAGAAUUUUUCCCCUCGGUCACUUUAGGAGACCCCAACUUGGAAUCACUGCUGCAUGAAUAUGGCUUCAAGGACAAAGCAUCUCCAAAACGGAUAGUAAAGGAUCUCUUGCCAUCCAUCCUGCAAAUGACUCGUAAACAAGUGGAGCCCUACUCUGGGGAGGUGAUGAUUUGGGGCCUGUUCACUGCUGUGGCGCUCGUCUCCUUGCUCAAAACCCUGGCAAACCGCAAAGCCAAGGGUAGUCGAUUGAAACCAACUGUGGGGAAAGCAGUUGGGAAAGACACAAGUGCUGGUGAGAAGACUAAUGUUGACGGGAGGAGGAAGGAAAUACGACAGACAGAGAGCAAAAUGCGACCUCCCAGUGAUGAACACUUGCCGGGAAGCAUUCGCAAAAGAAAAUAAUUCCCACAAUCUUUGCUGAUUUAUAUUUUUUUUUUUUCUGCAUUUCUCUACUUUCUCCAGCUCUACAUUUGCAAAUGAGGGAGAUCCUCUUGCCAAACUGCAUCUCUUGCCAUGUGAUAGAUGUCACAUUUGGCCUGAGGAGCCAUUAAUCUGGGGCUACACCUGGAGGCAAAAGCAGAUUGGUUAUUUAAAAAAAUCUUCAUUAAAUCUCUGAGCCUUCAAUGCUCCCUGGGGGAUGUUGUCAAUAUCUUGAAACUCUCCUAAAUGCUAUGUUUUCCCUCCCUGCAAUCAUUCUCGUGAAUCUACUUUCUACAUCCUGGCUUUAAUGGAGAUCGAUAAUGGCUUAUGGUCUCCAAUUGUGGACUAAUCAAUGCUUUAUGUGACUAUAUUAUCUCUUCAUCACCAUUCAUGUUUUUGUGAUGUUUUUAAUGGACAGACUUAGCCUAUUGACAGCGGAUGUCACUAAUGCUACCGCAGAUUCUUCUGGCUAUAAUUGUUUUGGGAUUUAAAUAAUGAUGAUUUGGUUAACCCGAGAUGAUUUAGUAAUUAUGUAAGCGGGCUAAUUGACAAUGUCUUAACACUAUCUACAGUAAUCAGUGGUUACAAACAAUCGUUUCACUAAGUAACAUCGCGUUGACUACCAGGUUCUAUUUUACAAUGUUUUGCAUGCGAUUCCCUGGCAGCCCCUUUUUAAACGGUGUGAAUUGGUGAGUCAAACCUUUUGUCCAGUGUCCAUUGCUCCUAAUUCAGAUCCAGAUGGGCAGUGAAUGGUGCUUUUUUUUUUUUUUUUUUUUUUGCCAUAAAGUGUCUAACAUAUCAGGAAAUCCAUUCCACCCCCCUCAUGUCCCAGUAGCAGAUUCAGGCUCCAAUCUGAUUAGACUGCAAGUUCAGUCCUCAUUCCAAUCGUGCUUCAUGGUACUUAUGGUCACUGAGUCAAUCUGGUGCAGUUUUCAAUGUUGUUUCUCGGUGAGAGGCUAUGCUCCAAAUCUAUACUUAAUAUGUAAACUGUUUGAGGAAUUCUUAAACUUUUCACUGCAAUAAACACUUGCUGUAAAUAUUCCAGAA